CGCUACCUCAAAACUUUAGACAUCUGUGGCAUUGUGUUGUGUGACAAAACUGCACAUUUUAGAGUGGCCUUUUAUUGUCCCCAGCACGAGGUGCACCUGUGUAACGACCAUGCUGUUUAAUCAGCUUCUUGAUAUGCCACACCUGUCAGGUGGAUGGAUUUUCUUGGCAAAGGAGAAAUGCUCACUAACAGGGAUGCAAACAAAUUUGUGCCCAACAUUUUAGAAGAACAAGCUUUUUGUGCAAUGGAACAUUUCUGGGAUCUUUUAUUUCAGCUCAUGGAACCAACAAUUUACAUGUUUCUUUUAUAUUUUUGUUCAAUGUAAUAUAUAUAGUAUAGUAAAAACACUUUGGUGUUUUCUCUGAAUCUCUUCUGUUUUUAUGUUUAAAAUAUUGCAGGGCUUUUAAAGAGGAACGCCAGCAGUGAGGAUGACUUAGCGUUGGGCGUCGAAGUAUCCUUACUUCCACAGUGAGACAGUAAAGGAAGAGAAGAAAGUGGAGAAGCAGAAGGAGACAGGAUGUCUUAGAAGGGACAGCCAAGGACAUUUGGCAUGAACCACUGUAUUCUCCUCAGAGACAGAGAGCACAGGAAGAACCUGUCCUUACAGAGAGGACAGGGGGUCAAUUCCAGAAACUGACCCAAGGUGAGAUUGGUCAAGGCUGUCCACUAUCUCCUCCCAGGACCGGCUACUGAAGAUAUUAGAGGGAUUGGCUACUUAGAAAGGCCAGUCAACCAAAAGGGACUGCUGCCCCAAACCCUAAGGAGAGAUUGACCACCCCACAGACUACUCUAUCUCCUCCAAGGAACUGCCAGUGUACUCAACAGAAAGCAUCUUUAUAUGGUAAACAGGGAGUGGGGACCGUCCAGGAAUUUCUGAGGAGUUCCAGGUCCAGCCCAGUUCUCACCAGGUGGAACAGCUUGACCUCCGCCUUCUCAGCACAGUCUGCUCCACUCAGUGUAAUGGAUGUGCUGAAUCUGUGGAGUGAUGACCCAGAGGAGGUCCUACUAGAUCUGGGCUUCGGCUGUGACGAGCCUGACAUCUCUGGACGGAUCCCAGCCCGCUUCAUCAACAACCAGUCCAGCGCCCGGGGAAUCAACAUCCAGGUGUUCCUGGACGCCCAGAAGAACCGCAUGGACAUAGAGAACCCCGAUGUCAGCAAUAGGUUCAGGCAGUUGGAGGUGCUGCAGCAGGUUACCACUGCGUUCUCAUCCCUGGUCGGUGGUGCAUCUACAGACUCCCUCUCCGAGAGCGGAGUUCCAGCUUUAGCUUCAGCCGAGGCCAGGGAGAAGCGGAAGAGGAUGGGCAUGCUGCUCCGCCGGGUCUCCAGAAAAACCCUCAGCCAGACCCAAAUCCAGACCCAGGACUCCCAGGACACAAACCCAACUCCCCACAGUCCCGUAGCCCACUUACAGCAGCCCCUGGCCGGCCCCCCUGACAGGCGGACCCAUCUGAAACGAGCCAGACAGGGCCUGGCUGAGAGUAUAUGUCUGACCCCACUGGUAGAGGAGCAAGGCCUAGCCUCGGAAGCACCAGAGCCCCACUCGGUUCCCCAGGAGGGUGCGCUCAGGCUGGAGGUGGGGAAGGAGUAUCCACCCCUGAUCUCCAGUGGUAUUCCAACCAGAAAGAAAAGUCCUGGGGAGGCCAGGGAGUCCUUUGAGAUGGAGGAGAUCCAGAGCUUUGAUGAGGGCAGUAUUUCUGGGAGCUACAUGGGAGCAUCUGACACCACAGCAGUGUGUGUGAUGAGGACUAACAGCUGCCAGUCUGACAGCAGUGGUUUCCUGGAAGAGCCCUUCAUCCCGUCCAUUACCCAGCAUCCCUCACCUGGACCCGAGCUCAUGAAGGCUUUGUCGGGAAUAUCUGGAGGCAGCACUGACAGCCAGAUCACUGUAAAAGGAGCUUCACCCCCCUCGUCCCCCCCAUCCACUUCCCUGGACCCUUCCCCUCCUUCCCUCUCCACGUGCCACCCAAGACCCGAGUCUCCUCUAUACAGACCAGAGACAACAAGCCCUACAGAGGAGACACCCAGACACCAGGAUUCCCCCACACUCCACUCCCUCCUCUCUGAUGUCUUGGAGAUGACUAACUCUGCGUUUGGAGCCAGGCCAAGCCUAAUGGAAAACACUGUCACUGAGGAAGAUGGAUUCUCUUCGGCCUGCUGUGCACCUUGUCAUAAGCCAGACUCUCCGUUACGGCACGUUAUUAUUAUCAUGAAAACAGAUAGAGAAACAGAACACUUUACUCUGGAAUCAGAGGAAGCUGUUCCAAUAGGAGGAGAGGAAAAGGCCAUAGCGGAACAAAGUGGUAAUGUUCAGACAGGAACAGAGGCUGUUGGUGAUCAGGACACCGAUUGUUAUGGGUCACAUGAAGGCUCUCUGAUGGACUCGGUGGCUCUGGUGCAGAUGAAGAAAGAGAUGGAGAUGAAGAUGGAAGUAGAGAUUAGUUCUGGUUUGGAAGGUCCAGUGUUGGGUCCUAUAGCUGUUCCUGAGGUGGUGGAUCAAGGCUCUGAGACUGGAUCUGUUUGUCAGGACCGGUCCUCUGAAGAUCUUCUAUUAGGAUCUGACCCUAACCUCUCAGCAGCGCUAAGCCCUGCCUCCCCUCUCCCCCCAGCAGAACCUCUCUCUGCCUCCUGUCUCCCCCCAGCAGAGCCUCUCUCUGCCUCCUCUCCCCCCCCAGUGCACUGGGAAACAGGUGGCUCUGAGAUUUCAGAGGGAUCCUCAAGCUUGGUUGUCCAUGAGCCUGCCCCCCCAUUAAAUCAACCAACAGACCUACCUCCAGGCCCAGCUUUAACCUCACCUUCGGAGCAAGUGUCACUUCCAUCCCCAGCCUCUUCCCCACCACCAUCUCCGUCCCCAGCCUCAUGCCCACACCAACCUCUAGCCUCAGCUUUUCUGGCAGCAUCCAGCUCAUCUCCAACACAAUCCCAUUCCCCAAUCCCAAACCAUUCUCUAUCAGCCCUAACCACAACACCAAUCCAAUCCUCAAUUCCAAACUCACCAUCAGCCCAUUCCUUAACCGUAGCGCCAUCUCAAGCCCCAACCCCACUCGUCCCCCACAGUGGUGCUUUCAGGUCAGGCCGAUCUGUGUCUGUCCAGAUGCCCUCCUCCCUGCCCUCUGUCUCCCACUCUGCCCUCCGGAGAGGUGCUGUCCCCCACACCCCCUCCCCGCUCGGCCCUUCCUUCGAGCCCCUCCCCCUGACUGACCUGACGCUCCGGCAGAGGCGGAACUCCUUCUCCAGGAAGGCGUGGUCAGACGCUGAUGUCUCCCACUUUGCAGAACACAGAAACACUGCGGUUGCCAUGGGAAAGGCAGACAUGACACCUGAGACUAUAUCUCUCCCGUCCCCCUGCCCCUCCCCCUCCAUGUCAUCGUCCAAUCGGUGGCUGUCUCGCGACGGUUCACGAAGAUCCGGAAGUUUCCAGAUGAAGUCCACCUCCUUGGACACUGGGCUGUGGCACGAGGAAGUGGGGGAUGAGGAUAGACGGUGGGAACGAGCCCUGUUCUCUGGGCUUUCCUGCUGCUGCUCCUGUGAUAACCGCUGUCGCUGCUGUUCUCAGAACAAUCGCCACAAACCGUCCUCCGUUUCAGCUUUCCCUUAUUCACUGGAUGAACUGGAGGGGAUGAUGCACUGUAUGAGGAAGUUCCGCUGCGUCCUGACAGACAUCGAGGAACAGCUGUCAGAAGACCAGGCCUCGGUGUACAGCUCACUCUCUGACACUGACAGAGAAGAAGUGCGAGACGUCUUGGAGCUGAGGAAAGCUGUGAAACAGGAAGCUGUAGAGUUGGAACUGCAGCUCACUGACCUGGUUCAUCGCUAUGACGACAGCUUCAAAAUGAAGAUGCACAGACUACUCGAUGAACAAUCUCACCUCUACACCCAGCUAAGGCUCCUGCCCCUGAUCCCCACAACCACAUCCACCCCUGGUUCUGCCUCCUCCAGGAGCAUGGCCACUCAGUGCUGCCUGCUGCCCUGGCUCCCUUUGACGGACAUGUCCAGGCCACGCCCCUCAUCGCAGGCCACCUGGGAUUUGGAGUCCAGAUCAGCUCUGCCAGAUUCCAGUUCUAUGGGCCAGAGGCUAAAACAUGGUUCUACAGGCACCAAGCCAGACAAACUGGACAUUGUGGGUUUCAUCCAGAGACUGAAGGAGUCCCUACGCCACUCUGUCAAUACUGACUCACUGGAGUAAAAGAGAGGUGGGGUAGCCCUGACUGACAGAUCUAGGCCAGGAUUCAAUCCUAAGCGUUUCAUAGGGCAGCGUACAAUACAGGCGACCAAAAGGCCCUUUCCUUGACGUUCGCAGAGAGGGCUUUCAUGGUAAACGCUGUGCAUAUCGGCUCAGACGUAAAUGACCUUUGAAAAGUCUUAUAAUCGUGCUCUGCUCUGUAACAAGCCUUUGCGCGAAUCCCAGACCUAUACCCUCUAAAGUUGACUGAACAAAACACUGCCUGUGUCCUCACCCACCCGUGGAUUGUUUUUCUGUCUUACAGAUGCAGCUUCUGCUGUAGCUUACUGAAGAUGAGCUGCUGUCUAAGUGUGUCUAAUCAACCUGGACUCGGGUAGAUGUAACAUGAUAAAUCUAAAUCUGUCUCCCUCCAUUUAGUAUGAUAUGUUAGGUGUGGUAAGGUAUGUAUUUCUUUGUGGAUGUCCAUCAUCCAUUAUGUUAUGAAUAACAAUUCAUAUGAUAUGUUACGAUUUGCUUUUUGUACAAUAUGUCACAAAUUCCAGUUUGAUGUGGCUAACCCUAACAUUAGUUAAGUAGCUUACGUUAACUAGGCAAAGGGUUAGCUAACAUGCUAAGUAGUUGCAAAAAGUAGUAUGUUUCAAAAUAGCUAAUUAGCCUAAAUGCUCGAGUUGUCCGUGAUGAGAUCUGAAGACGCAACCUUAGAGAUGCUAGAAGUUUGCAUUAUAUGCCCACCUAUCCACCCCGACCCACCACCCUCCCUUUGUUUUUGCCUCAUGUAAACCUUACCAAACAUACCAUAUCAUAUUAAUUUGAGUGUCCUGGAUUUACGUUGCCUAUGUCUAGUCUAUGAAACCAGGCUGGUGUAAUCAAUGGAUUCCAUUACUACCAAAGUAGUCCAGUGUCCACAUGAUGAAUAAAGAGCAUGAAUGCAUGAAAUCAUGUGUGCUAUAUCUAUAACGUGCCAAUGCAUAACAUACUGUACAAAGAGUUUGUGUGUAUUGUCAUUCCCUACGUAUCAACAACAGCAUUCGUCUCAACUAAGGAUGUGUUCUCAUUCCUUACUGUGACAUGAAGUCUCCUACUGUUACCUACCUGCAUCAAUGCUCUGGGUAAGACAGAUCCCCAUCCACAUGAGAUCCAUGCAGUAUGUGUAUGCUAUAGAGAGGAGCUCCUCUCUGUGUCACCUCCCCCCACCCGCUCUGGGUUAUGUCCUUAUUAGCACAAGAGGUGGUCUAGCUCACGUCUCCUGUCUCUUCAGACCCCAAUUAGCAGCUGUGUAGUACCAGCCUGUGAGCCUGAUGCAUUUCAUAACCCCCUCCACUGGUGCUCCCAACUUAAAUGUAAGAGAACCACAUGCCAUUUAGGAACACAAGAAAAUAAGUAUGUUUUAUUGCGAUACAGCCUACUGUAUAUAGAGCCCCACAGUGGAAGUGUCAUACCCAUAAACCUAACGGUCAAACAGGGAGUCACCUUGUCCUAGAGAGAUUUAGAUGGUUAUCAAAAUGCCACGCCAGGGUAAGCCUACACAACACAGCUCUUAUUUUAAGUGUUUGUAAAAUCCCCUACAGGAAAAAGGAAUGGUGGAAAAACGAUUACAACCAUUUCCUUGUUUGACUGCUAGAUUUUAUGGGUAUUAUGACUCAAUACUGUGGUACUCUAUUGGGCCUAAGAAUUCUUGUUACUUUUGAAGCAAAUGUUGUGCCCUAGAAAGUAAUAUGUACAUUAGUUUAUAAUAAAAUGUUGAUUAAAGUCA